AUGAAGAGAAAGGCCGAGAAGCAGCAGUCUGCUGCUCCAGUUAGUGCUUUUGCGGCGCGCAAAGCCCGACAGCAGGCGCAAAUCGCCGCAACUCCAGAGCCAGUGAAACCUCCUUCUGCAGUCGAGACGACUGAGGAACCGCCAUCAAAGAAAGCGCGAACAUCCCCAGAGGAGGACACUCCAUCUCAGUCGGUCUCUCCCGCAGACCGGGUGCAAACCAGACGAUCGUCGAGGCGGAAGGCCGAACCUUCGGAGAUUGAGAAAACACCUAGGAGGAAAACAAAGACCACGCCUGCGACGCCCCCAGAGCAUCUCACAGACGGGACAGUGGGACGAGAAAGCGGAAUUCAGACUCCGGUUGAGGAGGUCUCGGAGCCGGAGGGCAACGAUGUACCUCUGGACGAUGCUGAUCGAUACGAGUCACCAGCGGACACCCCAGCUCUGGUCGAAGCCUUUCCGCUGUCCAAGACCCGGCUCAACAAGAGCAACAUAGUUUACAGUGAUGAGCACACCCUCUGCGUGCGGAUAAAGGAGAAGCUGAGUCUAGUGGUCAUUGGCCAUUACGAUGUAUGGGUCAAGCGAGGCGUGAUCAGCCUCAUGGGUGCAAAGCUCCACCCUUCUCCGCGCCUGUAUCGAGUUUACGCACCUUCGACGCAUUCGUUGCCCGUGAUCAAGUGUGUCUCUGGGGUUGAUGGGGCAGCGGAAGUCGAAAUCAAAUCCUGUCACAGCGGCAUCUACCGUCUCAGGGACCUGUCGCCUCUUUAUCAACGGAUCUGGAAUGGAAGCAACACCUCUGCUGACAAGCUCACUUUGAAAAAUGCGGAGCCACAUGCGCGGCGAACCUUCUCAGUGCUAUACACAUCUACGGAUGACUCCUUGAAACGCCACCUGCGGCCCUUGCACCUCGAGAAGCAGUGGAGUUCUGCUAUCAAGUCUCUCUCCCAGAAAGGCGGGAAACUACGGGCAUUAAUAUGCGGCCCAAAAGGCUCCGGCAAAUCGACCUUUAGCCGUUACCUCCUGAACCAUCUUCUCAGCCCGGCGCCCCAAACCGAACCCAGCUAUUGCAACACCGACGGUGUUGCGUUUCUCGACCUGGAUCCCGGGCAGCCCGAAUUCGCCCCCAUGGGCCAGAUAUACCUGGCGCACCUCCGCUCGCCUGUCUUCGGACCCCCCUUCUCGCACCCGUCCUUGGAAGGCUCGCAAGACGGAACGGUCAUUCGAGCCCAUCAUAUAGGAGCUUCCUCGCCGAAAGAUGAUCCCGACCACUAUGUCCUCGCCGCGACGGACCUGAUGGACCGGUAUCGUGCGCUUCUCGCAAGCUACCCGCAGUGUCCCCUCAUCAUCAACUAUCCCGGGUGGAUCUUCGGGCUCGGGCUGGAGGUCGCCACCUGGCUCGUGCGGUCACUCGGCCUGUCCGACGUGAUCUACAUGAGUGAGAAGGGACCGGCGGAGGUUGUCGAGCCCCUCGGCCAGGCUGCCGCCGCCGCCCGGAUCCCCCUCACGACGCUCCCCUCCCAGCCCACCGACUUUGUGAGCCGGUCGAGCGCACAGCUGCGGUCCAUGCAGAUGCAGUCCUAUUUCCACAUGACCCGUCCCGCCGACGUCAGCACCCCGCUGUGGCUGGACCAGCCGAUGUCGCGGACACGGCCGUUCAAGGUGCACUACGCCGGGCCGCAUCAGGGCAUCCGCGGGAUCAUGGUGAUGGGCUCGCAGAUCCAUCCGGACCUUCUGCACGAGGCCCUGGACGGUUCGCUCGUGGGCGUCGUCGCCGUGGAGUCGCCGAAUGCGAUCUUGGGCCACAGCGAGGUGCCAGGGCUCGCCAACGGCGUGAUGGGCAAGCAACCCUCGCCGGCCGAAGAGGGAUCCGAGGACGCCGUCAUGGACGAGGCCACGGAGAUGGUUCCUACGGCGCCUCUGGCGUCCAUCGACUCGGGCAUCACCCGCUCUCCGCACGAAGAUUUGCCGUAUCUCUUCGUGGGCGCGGGAAGCUGCAACCCGCUCGACCCGAAGGCGUCGCAUUGUCUCGGUCUGGCGCUGGUGCGAUCAGUGAACGUCGCGGCGCGCCAGCUCGAACUCGUCACGCCGAUUGCGGCGUCGCGCAUCCGCGACGCGCUGCAGCAGGGCUACGGCAUUGUCCUGGUGCGUGGCCAGCUGGAUAACCCCAACUGGGCGCUCAGCGAGGAGUACUACGCUGCACGGGCGGCCGAGAAGCGACACCGGCGGUUCGUCGACAGCAGCCGGAAAGACAAGGUGGAUGACGGGACGGAUGACAGCGCGCAUACGUCUGCGAUCCUGAAAGACCGCAUUCGCCGCGCGAGCCACGUGCCAUGGAUGACGGUGAUCGAGGACAACAGUCGGCGACAGCGCGAGGCCGCGCAGCGGGAGAAGUCGCUGUGGAAGCUGCGCAAGAAGGCGUACCCGGGGAGUGAGAGUGAAGGAGACUGGUAG